GGUAGAAAAUAUAGUGAUCCGGUUAUCAAGAAUGAUCUGUUGAUGUGGCCAUUUGAGGUCACUGCUGGUGCUGAUGACAAACCAAUGAUUGUUGUUACAUACAAGGAUCAAGAGAAGCACUUUUCUGCCGAAGAAAUUUCAUCUAUGGUUCUCACUAAAAUGCGAGAGAUUGCGGGGGCGUACUUAGAGUCACCUGUUUGUAACGCUGUUAUUACAAUACCUGCUUAUUUCAAUGGCUGUCAGCGUAAAGCUACCAGAGAUGCUGGCGCCAUUGCAGGUCUCAACGUGAUGCGAUUAAUUAGUGAGCCAACGGCUGCUGCUGUUGCAUAUGGACUUGACAAAAGAUCCGAUUGCGCUGGAGAGCGAAAUAUCUUCAUCUUUGACCUUGGUGGUGGUACUUUCGAUGUGUCUCUCCUUAUUAUUAAGGGGAAGGUCUUCCAAGUUAAGGCUACUGCCGGAAACACUCACCUCGGUGGAGAGGAUUUUGAUAACAGAGUAGUGAAUUAUUUUGUAAAUGAAUUCAAAAGAAAGAACAAGGUUGACAUUGGUGGCGAUGCCAGAGCCUUGAGGAGACUGAGAACUGCUUGUGAGAAGGCAAAGAGGACUUUAUCGUAUGCCGUUACUGCCACCAUUGAGUUAGAUGCUCUCUUUAAAGGAAUUGAUUUCUAUUCAUCAAUAACGCGUGCUAGAUUUGAAGAACUUAAUGCGGACCUCUUUAGAGAGUGCUUGGAAACGGUAGCUGGAUGCCUCACUGAUGCGAAAAUGGACAAGGCAAGUGUGCAUGAUGUAGUCCUUGUUGGUGGCUCUUCUAGAAUCCCCAAAGUGCAGGAGUUGUUGCAAGAAUUUUUCGAGGGAAAGGAGCUUUAUAAGAGCAUCAAUCCUGAUGAAGCUGUCGCUUGUGGCGCGGCUGUUGCGGCUGCUUUGUUGAAUGGAGGCAUUGAGAGUACUGCCCCAAAUUUGGUGCUGCAGGAUCCCAGAAAAUAUGAAGGACAUGCAGUGGGAAUCGACCUUGGCACAACGUACUCUUGUGUUGCCGUAUGGCAGGAACAACACUGUCGAGUGGAGAUCAUUCAUAAUGACCAGGGCAACAGAACAACACUUUCCUACGUUGCUUUUACUGCCAAUCAGAGGCUAAUUGGAGAUGCUGCUAAGAACCAAGCUGCCGCUAACCCCAUUAACACUGUCUUCGAUGUUAAGAGACUCAUCGGUAGAAAAUAUAGUGAUCCGGUUAUCAAGAAUGAUCUGUUGAUGUGGCCAUUUGAGGUCACUGCUGGUGCUGAUGACAAACCAAUGAUUGUUGUUACAUACAAGGAUCAAGAGAAGCACUUUUCUGCCGAAGAAAUUUCAUCUAUGGUUCUCACUAAAAUGCGAGAGAUUGCGGGGGCGUACUUAGAGUCACCUGUUUGUAACGCCGUUAUUACAGUGCCUGCUUAUUUCAAUGACUCUCAGCGCAAAGCUACCAGAGAUGCUGGCGCCAUUGCAGGUCUUAAUGUGAUGCGAAUAAUUAGCGAGCCAACGGCUGCUGCUAUUGCAUAUGGACUUGACAAAAGAUCCGAUUGCACUGGAGAGCGAAAUAUUUUCAUCUUUGAUCUUGGUGGUGGUACUUUUGAUGUGUCUCUCCUUACCAUUAAGGGUAAGGUAUUCGAAGUCAAGGCUACUGCCGGAAACACUCACCUUGGUGGAGAGGAUUUUGAUAACAGAAUAGUCAGUUACUUUGUUAAAGAAUUCAAUAGAAAGAACACGGUUGACAUUAGUGGUGACGCGAGAGCCUUGAGGAGAUUGAGAUCUGCUUGUGAGAAGGCGAAGAGGACUUUAUCAUAUGCCGUUACUGCCACCAUUGAAUUGGAUGUUUUCUUUAAAGGAAUUGACUUCUAUUCAUCAAUCACGCGUGCUAGAUUCGAAGAACUUAAUAUGGACCUCUUCAGAGAGUGCUUGGAAACGGUAGAUCGAUGCAUCACUGAUUCGAAUGUGGACAAGGCAAGUGUACAUGAUGUAGUCCUUGUUGGUGGCUCAUCUAGGAUAGCCAAAGUGCAGGAGUUGCUGCAAGAAUUUUUCAACGGAAAGGAGCUCUGUAAGAGCAUCAAUCCCGAUGAAGCUGUUGCAUAUGGCGCGGCUGUUAAGGCGGCUUUGUUGACUGGGGGUUCUAAGAAUAGUGCCCCAAAUUUGGUGCUGCAGGAUGUUACUCCUCUGUCUCUUGGUAAAGCCACAAUGGGAGAUGUCAUGAGUGUUGUGAUUCCAAGGAAUACUACCUUUCCUGUAAAGAAAUCAGAAACUUUCUUCACAGUUCAAGACAAUCAAUCUCAUGUGCUUGAAGAGAUUUAUGAAGGUGAGAGGACAAGAGCCAGUGAUAACAACUUGCUUGGUCGAUAUACACUUUCAGGAAUCCCUCCUGCUCCUAAGGGCCAUCCUGUAUCGAUAUGCUUCGAUUUAGAUGCCGAUGGCAUCCUUAUUGUAACUUCUGAGGAAAAGACUAAUGGAAAUAAAAACCAGAUUACCAUAACAAAUGAUAAAGGAAGAUUAUCACAGGAAGAAAUUGAAAGGCUUAUUGAGGAAGCUGAGAGAUACAAGGUUGAAGAUGAGAAGUUUCUUGAAAAAGCUAAUGCAAUAAUUACUUUGGAGGAUUAUGUUUAUGACAUGGAGAAAGCGUUAAUCAGUUCUAAGCUUUGUCCCGCGGAUAAGAAGAAGCUCAAUUCUGCAAUUGAUAAGGCUAUAACUCUGCUUGAUGAUGGUAACAAGGAGAACAUAGAAACUGAUGUGUUUGUCGAGUGUCUUAAUGAAUCUAAGCUCAUUUUUGAGCCCAUUAGAGCUAAGACUAGAUAGUUUUGUUCAGAUCUUACUUUUGUUGAAUUUUUAAUGUUGUUUGUAAUGCAAAUCUUUAUGACAGACAUCUGAAGGAGAUUUGGAGUUGAUGGUAGAUGCAUUCUGUAAA